GCUCUUUACCUGUGGCUGGGCCCUUAAAUGAGCUGACGCCAGAAGAGAAAGGCACUUUCCCUUAGGCUUAGCAGCAAGUGGCAGCAGCAACAGAAGUGGCAAUGAGACGCUCUGUGUUCUUUGCUGUGUGCCUCGGCCUGGUGCUGAGCCUUUUGAAAGAAGCCCCUGCUGAAACAUCUGCUGGCACAACAGUGACACCAAGCUCAAUACCUACAGGAAACAGUACUGAUACAGAAACAGCUAGUGAGUCACCAGCUGUGACACCCUCAGAACGUGCAGGAAACGGUACUGACAGUGGAACAGAACCUGACCCACCAGAGGUGAAACCCACAGAACCUUCAGGAAACGGUACUGACAGUGGAACAGAACCUGACCCACCAGAGGUGAAACCCACAGAACCUUCAGGAAACGGUACUGGUAAUGGAACAGAACCUGACCCACCAGAGGUGAAACCCACAGAACCUUCAGGAAACGGUACUGACAGUGGAACAGAACCUGACCCACCAGAGGUGAAACCCACAGAACCUUCAGGAAACGGUACUGGUAAUGGAACAAAACCUGACCCACCAGUGGUGGAACCCACAGAACCUUCAGGAAACGGUACUGACAGUGGAACAGAACCUGACCCACCAGAGGUGAAACCCACAGAACCUUCAGGAAACGGUACUGGUAAUGGAACAAAACCUGACCCACCAGUGGUGGAACCCACAGAACCUUCAGGAAACGGUACUGGUAAUGGAACAAAACCUGACCCACCAGUGGUGGAACCCACAGAACCUUCAGGAAACGGUACUGGUAAUGGAACAAAACCUGACCCACCAGUGGUGGAACCCACAGAACCUUCAGGAAACGGUACUGGUAAUGGAACAAAACCUGACCCACCAGUGGUGGAACCCACAGAACCUUCAGGAAACGGUACUGGUAAUGGAACAAAACCUGACCCACCAGUGGUGGAACCCACAGAACCUUCAGGAAACGGUACUGGUAAUGGAACAAAACCUGACCCACCAGUGGUGGAACCCACAGAACCUUCAGGAAACGGUACUGGUAAUGGAACAAAACCUGACCCACCAGUGGUGGAACCCACAGAACCUUCAGGUAACAGUACUGUAAAUGGCACAGAUCCCGAUGCCACCUCAACACCUACAGUGGACUUCUGCCAUGGAGAUCCUUGCAGAACAAGUUCAGCUACAUGUGUUUCCUUACAAAGCAGUUAUAUGUGUGUGUGCCAAUAUGGAUACUACUACACCAAUGAGAAUUGUUACAAAGGGAAAAUAUACCCAGUCAGCAUUGCAGUGAACGCAUCUUACAGUGAAAAUCUUCAAAUUGCAAAUUCCACAGAGUUUCAAGAACUGUUGAACAACGUAACAGAAUUUUUUAGGGAGGCCUUCAAACAUCUAUCAGGCUAUACAGAAACUGUCAUCAGGAAAAUUCAACCUCUAAAGGAAAGCAGAAAUGCUGCUCCAGGACUGAACGUCACAGUGACAAACCUGUUCACGAAGAACUCCAGUGUAACUAAGGCUACAGUGAGCGCUGCAAUAAAAAAGGCAAUCGAGAAUGACCCGUCCUUUGUCGGUUCUUGGGAGGAGGGAAGACAUUGUGAUAUUUAUAAAUGUGAUCUUAGAACCACAACGUGUGUGGAAGAGAAAGGGGAAGAGGAAGGGGAAGAGUUUCCAGAAUGCAAAUGCAAACCUGAUUUAGAAAAGACAGAAUGGGAUGAUCGUUCUUGUUCAGUUUGCAGUCAAAACUGCUCUGCAGCAAAACACAAGUACUGCGUACAAGAAGAAGGGGGUCCUACUUGCAAAUGUAUGAUUAACUUUAAAAAGGAGGCUGGAGAAUGUGUGGCUUGUUCAGUGGGCUACUCUGGGGAGGACUGCACUGACAAUAGUGAACUCAUCCUUAUAAUAGUGGGCACAGUGUUUGGAGCCAUUAUCCUGUGCUUAGUGAUAGCAGUCUCUGUUGUUUCAGUCAGAGCAAAGCACAAACAAAAUCCAGAGAAGAGGAGCCUGAUCAAGUCAGGGUAUUCUGACAUGAACACCUCUGAGGACAGACCAAGCAUGUUCCCCAGGGUCCAGACCACUUCUGGCCACGCAAACCCAGGAUAUCAGCCCAACAACCCCUAUGAAAUGCGUUCUGCAAACAGAGAUCGUUUUCCAGAGAGGGAUUAUGAUGAUUUGUACGAAAUAUCACGGGAGCCCAUGGGCUUUAGGACACAGAGCAGAUACUGAGUGACCAGAGCAGCAGAAGGAUGGAAGGAUGGAUGACCACCACAACACUGGAUCAGAGCAAAGGGCUUCACAGCCUCUCACCAAUGCAGUUACUUCAGCAGAAGAGACAACAAGGUCCUUAACCCCAGAUUCUCUCAAGAUUUUCUAGAGGAAGAUUCCUGCUUGAAAGAGAUCAUGGACAACUUUGAAAUAAGGGAAAAAUGUUAGGGAGUAGGUAGAAGAAGAGGACUUCUUUUAAAAGAACUAAUGUGCUCCAAUAAACAUUACACUUCUUCAAUGAGGCAAGAGAGUGAGUGUACACAAGAUACCUGGAUUUUAACCCUGCUGGUUUUCAGUUCUUCUGGAAGAUGGUCCAGGCAGUAUGAGUGAUGCUGAAAAACAUCAGUACCCAGAGCUUCACUUGGAUUUGUGCUCACUUAAUUUGAACUACGGCUUUGGGUAGAUGAAAACUAUUUUUCAUGAGAAUCUGAACUGUUUCACUUUACUAUAUUAGAUACAGGUUUUUUCACCCUCCUCAACCUCUCAAUAUCUGAAUGCAUUCUGUUCAGAUCUCUGCUGACAUGGGUUGUGUGAGACAAUGGAACUUAUCUGACCUUUUCCACAGCCUUCUUUCCCAAUACAAUGGCAAGAUACAAUAUCUACAAACAAACACUAUUCUUCUUCAUCUUGCAAAACUGCAUUGAUUUUAGAUUUUUAGCUCCUGUGGAAAGUGUUAGCAUUUUUCUUUCUUCUGCAGUCUUUAUGUUUGAAUGAUAAUAAGCUUGGUGUUUGGGGUAUUUUUAAAUUUCUUACAUGCAGUCAAUAAAUCUGUCUGCAAAAGAAUUUA